AUGGACUAUUCCCCCUCUCUCGCAGAACUCUACUACCAAGACUCCCAGCCGCCAUACCCCUCUGCUAGCGGCAGGUCUGCACUCCCCCCUCCAUCCUCUGCGCGCGCAUCGCUGACGGGCUCGUCUGGCAGUGUGUUCCCCUUCGAUACCGGCUUUCGCCCCGACGCAUAUGCGUACCACACAGCGACACCCCCGAUCGUAGGCGGAGCAUCCCAGGCCUAUCCAGCCCUCCUCGGUUCGAACCCCGGCCUAGCAACCGCAUCCACCUUUUCGUCCGCGGCGGGUGCGCCUGACCACUUCAGUGCGACGCAAGCAGACGGGUACCGCUCUGAGCUCUGCUCCGCCCUCGGCACCAGCCAGCCAGUCUAUGCCGACAUGUUCAUGAGCGACGCGCCAUUCGCCUUUGCGCCUGACGCACGGCCGCACCUCACCUCGCCCGCUGCACACGCCCCGUGA